AUGGCGCCAACUACGUCUCUGUCCUCGCACGAGCGGACACGAGUCGAGGAUUAUCUUAAUGAUAAAAUCCAGAUUUCUGCUGACCUUGAAAGUUUGAAUUCGCUGCUCUCAAGCCUCCGCGCGCAGCAAGAGCUCCAGCGCAAGCAGCUAAUAGAUGCGCACGAAGCACUCUCAAAUGCGACCAAAGCAUCCAAUGAACAUGCCGAAGCUACUCGAAAACGUGCCGAGGCAUUCGCGGCGGAGCAGGCGGGCAUCGAUCAGCGGUUGAAGGCGAUCACAAAAUCGGAGACUAGCGAUGAAGCAGUACGGCGACUUGAGAAAAGUAUGGAGAAGCUACAGCGCCUAGAGAUAUCUAAGGGAUACGUGGGAUUAUUGAAGGAGGCCGAAGAGUUGAGCAAGGAAGCUUUAUCCAACAUCUCCUCCGAUCCCCGCGCCGCCUUGAAGCCUUAUUGCCAGCUCCGCAGUAUUGUCGUGUCGCUGAAAGAAGCACAACCUGCUGCCGAGGGCGCUGCGCCCCACCUUAUCGACUAUACAGUGAAACUGGCUUCCGCAUUGAGGGAACAGUUGAAGAAAUUCUUUGGCGAUCAACUCCAGAAGACACUCACAUCCUUGAAAUGGCCAACGCGAGAACUGAACAUCACGGACAAAUUGUUGGAUCAAUGGAGACGUGAUGUUGAGCUCCUGAUUGACCUGCAAACACCAGAACUCCCACACCGUGAUGCAUUGAGCAUCAGCCAGAAGGUUGAACCCCCCGGCCUAUUCCCUCUAGAGGUUAUGGUGCAUCCUUUGGAGCUCCGCUUCAAGUAUCACUUCAGCGGUGAGAAGCCGACAAACAGACUUGACAAGCCGGAAUACUUCCUCUCGCAUGUUUUGGACCUCAUCAGUCAGUUUGGUGGUUUCUUUACUUCAUACUUCCAGCCAAUCCUUAAUGAAAAGGCCCAGUCGGCAGGUGUCAGCUUGGAAUGGAACUUCAAUAAUGCCUUGCAUGCGUUCAUCAAUGCUCUUAUGCCAAUGUUGCGAGAGAAAAUCGACUCCUUCCUCCCACAAAUUUCCGACUAUCCUCAACUGCUCAGCCAUUUUAUCCACGAGCUGAUGAACUUUGACAACGAGAUUCGGGCAACUUGGAACUACUUACCAGAUCCUUACUCUGAUGGAAACUGGAAGGGCAUGACGGGGGAGGUUCUCGCCAAACAGGGGUGGUACGAUCGCUGGCUUCAGGUUGAGAAGGACUUCGCCCUGGCUCGAUACAAAGAUAUCAUCGACACUGCCGACAGUGGUGAGAUUGACUACGAUGGCGUCGAGUUGACCGCAACCAAACCAACCAAAGCUGCAAUUAGAGUCAAUGAUCUUCUCGAAACGAUCACAGAACGUUACCAGCCACUGUCAUCCUUCAGUCAGAAGCUGCGGUUCCUUAUCGAUAUUCAAAUCACAAUUUUCGAUCAAUUUCACGAGCGCCUUUACUCUGCACUGGAGGCCUAUCUUGCGAUGACUUCUACGCUAGGACGGACGGUACGAGGAGCAGACGGACAAGCCAGUGUAGAAGACGUUGCAGGCCUAGAAAGGCUCUGCAGAGUCUUCGGAAGUGCAGAGUAUCUCGAGAAGAAGAUGGAGGACUGGAGCAAUGAUGUUUUCUUUGUUGAACUCUGGUCUGAGCUUCAAGACCGAGUUCGUCAGGGUGGGCAAAACGUGGCGGGCUCCAUGACCGUUGCCGAAGUGGCGGCGCGCACUUCACCGGCAGUCAAUAACAAUGGGGUAUCAAGCCCUCAGACCUCUUCUGACGGUGCGUUGUUUGAUGAAACUGCCUCUGCGUACCGUCGCCUUCGACAACGGUCGGAAACCAUUGUCACCUCCACCUUGACCUCGAACAUCACUACAGUCUUGAAGCCCUACUCCCGUGUAUCUACAUGGGCAACACUUUCCGUUCCCUCAGCUGGUUCAGCAUCUUCUCCUUUAUCCCUAUCAUCUGACCUUGCACACGCAAUGCGCACGUUGUCUUCCCAACUUGCCUUUCUUUCCAAAGCCCUAGGUGUGGCGCCUCUCCGAAGAGUAACCCGCCAGCUUCUCCUCUCUAUACAGACUUAUAUCUGGGAUCAUGUCCUGACUAGGAAUACCUUUUCCACAGCUGGUGCAAACCAGUUAGUCAGUGAUGUCGAACAAAUAUGCAGCGUGGUUGACAACACCCUUGGCGUGGCUGGCCAUCCAGGUGGCUCGUUGUUGAUCAUGAAGAAGCUCAACGAGGCUCUGCGUCUUUUGAAUCUGAGUCCGUCAACCACUAAUUCCGAUGAGGCGGCAAAUACGUCCAAUACCGUGCUAGGCCUGUGGGAUGUGGAAAGUAGACUUUUCAAGGACAACGAGAGUGCUCGUGCUGUUCUUGUCGAGCUUGAGAUUGAUGCAUUGACUGAGGCUGAGGCUCGAUCUGUGCUGGGUCGCAGAGUAGAGGUCGGCAGCUAG